AUGAAGGGCUUUGUUACUGUGAAGGUCACCUUAGCCAUGCUUAUGGCUGCUAUUGUGGAUGCCAAGAUCUAUGAACGCUGUGAACUGGCACUGAAGCUGGAGAGGGCAGGCCUCAACAGCUUCAAGGGCUACACCGUUGGAGACUGGCUGUGCAUGGCACACUAUGAGAGUGGUUUUGACACUUCCUUCGUGGACCACAAUCCUGACGGCAGCAGUGAAUACGGCAUUUUCCAGCUGAACUCUGCCUGGUGGUGUGACAAUGGGAUUACACCCACCCAGAACCUCUGUCACAUGGAUUGUCGUGACCUGCUCAACCACCAUCUUCUAGAUGAUAUCUUGUGUGCCAGGCAGGUGGUGUCCUCACAGAAUGGUAUGACUGCUUGGGAUUCUUGGAUCCGGCACUGCUACGGGCAUGAUUUAUCUGAAUGGCUCAAGGGAUGUAAUAUGCAUGCAAAACAUGACUCAAAGAAAAUUAAGUCAUGACUCAUUCCAA